AUGCCACUAGUACACAGGGGUUUAUGCCACAAGUCUGUGUGUGUCGCCUUCUCUCUCUCUCUUCUCUCUCUCUCUCUGAAUCUUAAGGUUUGUGUGUGUGACUCUUUCUCCCUCUCCCAGAAUUUUAAAGUGUGUUUGUCUUCUCUCUCCCCCAUCCCCUCUGUCUCUGUCUCUCUCUCUCUCUCUCUCUCUCUCUCUCUCUCUCUCUCUCUGAAUCUUAAUGUUUGUCUGUCGCCUUAUCUCUCUCAUAAUCGAUCUCUCUCGUUCUCUCUUAAUAUUAAGGUUUGUCUGUAUCUCAUUUCUCUCUCUCUCUCUCUCUCUCUGAAUGUUAAGGUUUGUGUGUCUCGCCUUCUCACUCUCUCUCUCUCUCUCUCUCUCUCUCUCUCUCUCUCUCUCAAUAUCUUAAAAUUUGUAUGUGUUGCUUAUUCUCUCUUUCGCUCUCUAUUGUGUUUGUCUUCUCUCUCCUCUAUCCCCUCUCUCUCUGUCUCUCUGUCUCUCUCUGUCUCUGUCUCUCUCUCUCUCUCUCUGAAUGUUAAGUCUGUGUGUGUCGCCUUUUCUCUCUCUCUCUCUCUCUCUCUCUCUCUGAAUCUUAAGGUUUGUGUGUGUGACUCUUUCCCCCUCUCCCUGAAUUUUAAAGUGUGUUUGUCUUCUCUCUCCCCAUCCCCUCUCUCUCUGUCUCUCUGUCUCUCUCUCUCUCUGAAUUUUAAAGUGUGUUUAUCCCUCUCUAUUUCUUUCUCUCUCUCUCUGAAUCUUAAGGUUUGUCUGUAUCUCAUUUCUCUCUCUCUCUCUCUCUCUCUCUCUCUCUCUCUCUCUCUCUCUCUGAAUCUUGAUUUGUCUGCGUCUUCUUUCUCUCUUACACUCUCUUUUUCCCUCUUUCUGAAUUUAUUGUCUCUCUGUGUCUCCUUAUUUCUCUCUCUCUCAACCUCGCUCUCUCUCUUUCUCUCUCUGAAUUUUGAGGUUUGUUUGUGUUUCCUUCUCUCUCUCUCUCUCUCUCUCUCUCUCUCUCUCUCUCUCUCAAUGUUAAGGCUUGUCUGUAUCUCCUUUCUCUCUUAUAUUUUCUUACCUUUGGUGAAACAUUUUUCUUUCUUUCUUUCUUUCUUUCUUUCUUUCUUUCUUUCUUCUUUCUUUCUUUUUUCUUUCUUCUUUCUUUUUUCUUUCUUCUUUCUUUCUUUCUUUCUUCUUUCUUUCUUCUUUCUUUCUUCUUUCUUUUUUCUUCUUUCUUUUUCUUUCUUCUUUCUUUUUUCUUUCUUCUUUCUUUCGUUCUUCCUUUCUUUCUUUCUUUCUUCUUUCUUUCUUUCUUCUUUCUUUUUCUUCUUUCUUUCUUUCUUCUUUCUUUCUUCUUUCUUUCUUCUUUCUUUCUUUCUUUUUUUCUUUCUUCUUUCUUUCUUUUUUCUUUCUUUCUUCUUCCUUUCUUUCUUUCUUUUUUCUUUCCUUCUUUCUUCUUCCUUUCUUUCUUUCUUUCUUCUCUUUUUUCAUCUGUCUGUGUCUGCUCUCUUUGUCUUUCUUUCUUUCUUUCUUUCUUUCUUUCUUUUUCUUUCGUUCUCUCAUAUAGAUCUUUUCAUCUAUAUGCGUGGGAACUCUCUCUCUCUCUCUAUCUCUCUCUCUCUCUCUCUCUAUCAAUCUCCUCUCUCUCCAUCUAUAUGCGUGGUGGGCUGUCUCUCUACUCCUCUUUCGCUCUUCGUGAUCUCUACAUCUGUAUGCGUGGGAACUCUCUCUCUCUCUCUCUCCCUCUCUCUCCUCUCUCUCUCUCUCUCCCUCUUUGAUCUCUACAUCUAUAUGCGUGGGAACUCUCUUUCUCUCUCUCUCUCUAUCAAUCUCCUCUCUCUCUCUCUCUCUCUCUCUCUCUCUCUCUCCUCUCUCUUUCUCUAUCUCUCCAUCUAUAUGCGUGGGAGCUGUCUCUCUACUCCUCUCUCUCUCUCUCUCUCUCUCGUAGUGAUCUCUACAUCUGUAUGCGUGGGAACUCUCUCUCUCUCUCCCUCUCUUUCUCUCUCUCUCUUUCUUUGA